AUGCUCCUUCUCCCUCCUCCGGACGCACCAGAUACUCGACCCCGAUAUCACAUUUCCGUCCAUAUGAAUUACUUCAUCCCGACUUCCUACAUCACCGUUGUCCGGAAGGGCGCCACAGAGAAUGGCCAGUGUGUUGGUGAAUUCGAGAUGGGAUUGUCGGAGCGACGGAGCACGGUCACGAUAGGACAAUACGAGACUUUUCUCAGCUCGGUGCUUUCAAGGACUGGCAGCCAUCUGAAUGGCGAAUAUCACUGGCGGAACCUCGACCUUCAUCUGUAUUGGGACUGCAGGGGAAGGCUUUUCAAAGUGCGUGCACCAACGCUUUUAGCUUUGAACUUGGUGUUUUCUGUAUUGAAUUCCUCCCCGCUACAGUGCUUUAUGAUCAACGACGUGACCAAGGCUCGAGCGGCUCUGGCUAUAUAUGAGAGCCCUGGCUUGCAUGAUCUGCGACGCGAGGGGAUCGAUCUCGUCCAUUGCCUUGAGGUCACACCCGACGGCCAGGAGCAUUUUGAUCUGAUCUUACUCUCGGUACUCAUCAUCGAGCGGAAGCGGCUGACGCCGCUAGGGAAGGAUCUUGGGAAACGACUGGAUGCGUGA